UGUCACAGAGUGGUCAUGAUGGUGAAGCUGGGGAUUUUGGUAGCUGUUGCCGUGUUUCUGGAGACGGUCUCUGGGGCCUCUCUCGGGGUGGUGUACACAGAGGGAGGUAUGGUGGAGGGUAAAAACAUUCGUAUUGGCUUAUUGCGUCGCAUGGACGUCUUCAAGGGGAUUCCCUUUGCUGACAUCCCUGGAAGGUUUGAGAAACCAAAGCGUCACCCUGGCUGGGACGGUAUUCUGAAGGCCACUGAGUACAGGCAGAGAUGCAUUCAGGUGAAUCUCUUGAUGUCUGACACCAGAGGCAGUGAGGACUGUCUUUACCUUAACAUCUGGGUUCCUCACGACCGCAAAGUGUCCACUGGUUUGCCGGUCAUGGUCUGGAUCUAUGGGGGAGGCUUCCUGGCUGGGGGCUCGAUGGGUGCUAACUUCCUGGACAACUAUCUGUACAGCGGGCAGGAGAUUGCAGACAGAGGAAAUGUUAUUGUGGUGACACUGGGAUACCGUGUGGGCACUAUGGGCUUCCUGAGCACUGGAGACUCUGACUUACCCGGAAACUAUGGCCUUUGGGACCAGCAUGCCGCCAUCGCCUGGGUGAACAGGAACAUCCGCUCGUUUGGAGGAGACCCUGACAACAUCACCAUCUUUGGAGAGUCUGCAGGUGGAGCUAGUGUCAGCUUCCAGACUCUCACUCCCCACAACAAAGGGCUGUUCAAGAGAGCCAUCUCCCAGAGCGGUGUCGCCCUUUGCCCAUGGGGUAUUAAUAAGAACCCACGCAGGUUCGCUGAGGAGGUUGCUCUGAAGGUCAACUGCCCCACAGAUCAAAACAUGGCUGCCUGUUUGAAGAUGACUGAUCCUGCUCUCCUUACGUUGGCUGGCUCUCUCAGUCUGUCCAGCUCACCCGAUCACCCACUUGUAUGGAACCUGUUCCUGUCUCCUGUGAUUGAUGGUGACUUCCUGCCGGAUGAGCCUUCCAAACUGUUCCACAAUGCCGCUGCCGUUGACUACAUCGCUGGAGUCAACGACAUGGAUGGACACAUAUUUACUGGUUUAGAUGUUCCCUCAAUCAACGCCCCCCUGGUGGACACCCCUAUCGAGGAUGUGAAGAGGCUCCUGGCUUCUUACACUAAGGAGAAGGGCCAGGCUGGUUUGGACAACGCUUACUCUACAUACACCUUAAACUGGGGCUCAAACCCCAGCAAGGAGACCAUCAAGAAAACCGUUGUGGAGAUUGGAACAGACUACAUCUUCCUGGUUCCUACUCAGGCUGCCCUCUACCUUCAUGCUGCCAACGCCACAACUGGCCGUACCUACUCGUACCUCUUCUCUCAGCCCAACCGUAUGGGUGGCAUUGGUAGGCCCUACCCCAGCUGGAUGGGAGCCGACCACGCUGAUGACCUGCAGUAUGUGUUCGGAAAGCCUUUCUCCACACCACUGGGGUACUGGCCUAGCCAUCGUGACGUCUCUGGCUACAUGAUCGCCUACUGGACCAACUUCGCCAAAACUGGGGACCCUAACAAAGGAGAGAGCGUGCCCGUUACCUGGCCUAGAUUCACCAGCACUGAACACCAGUACCUGGAGAUCAAUUCUAAGAUGAACAAGAACUAUGUAGGACAGAAGAUGAGAAUGCGUUAUGUGCAUUUCUGGACUAGCAUCUUACCCAACCUCCCCAUAUCCUUCUCAGAGUAAAGACCGUGUGCAAUCACCUGUGCACCUGCAAUCUGGAGCUAUAGACUAAUAUUAAAUUAGUAUUGGUUCAUGAAAAAUUGAUGAUGAAUAGGCCUACAAAUUAUAUUUCCUUGAUUUUAUUUAAUUAUGUGUUGGGCCUCUUUACAGUACGUAGUGAUAAACAAAUUCACUUUGCACAUAUAAAACCUAUUGGGUUUGUUUGGUUUUUGGUUAGUUUUGGAUGAUAACAGAUGCUAAGUUAAUCAUAUUUUGGUAUGGAUCUUAGUGUACAAAACCUUAUUGA